AGGAGGAGCAGCCUGAAAGCAAGCAUCACAAGUAGAAGCCCACCAGAAUGACUAGUAACCACACAGACUGUCAUUACUGCCUGCAGUCUCUUCGGGGAAGGAAAUACGCGUUAAGGGAAGAAAAUGCAUAUUGUGUUAGAUGUUACGACAACUUGUUUGCCAACUCCUGUGAAGAGUGCAAGCAACCUAUUGAGUGUGAUUCCAAGGACUUGGCCUACAAGGGCCGUCACUGGCACGAGGUGUGCUUCAAGUGUGCCAAAUGCAACCGCUCGCUGGUGGAGAAGCCGUUCGCGGCCAAGGAUGAGCUCUUGCUCUGUACUGGAUGCUACUCGGAUGAGUACUCAUCUAAGUGUUUCCACUGCCAGAGGACUAUCAUGCCAGGUUCUCGCAAAAUGGAAUUUAAAGGAAGCUCCUGGCAUGAAUCCUGUUUUGUUUGCCAGCAUUGUAGGCAACCACUGGGAACAAAACCAUUGAUCACCAAAGACAAUGAGAAUUACUGCGUUCCCUGUUAUGAGAAGCAGUUUGCUCACCAUUGCUACUCUUGCAAAAAGAUUAUAACUUCUGGGGGAGUGACCUACCAUGACCAGCCCUGGCAUAAAGAAUGCUUUUUGUGUGCUGGAUGUAAAAUUCAGCUGUCCGGACAAAGGUUUAUUUCCAAAGAUGAGCAUCCAUAUUGUGAAGAUUGUUUCGGCAAAUUAUAUGCAAAGAAGUGUGCAGCUUGCAGGAGACCUAUUACAGCUCUCGGAAGUGCCAAAUUUGUCUCAUUUGAAGAGCGCCAGUGGCAUGAGGAAUGCUUUAACUGCGCAAAAUGCUGUGUCCCACUGGCAGACUUAGGAUUCCUCACACAGGGGAAUGAUGUCAUUUGCCACAAAUGUAGCUCUGCUACAUAGUUCUACCGAGAGAUAUACAGAUAAUUUGUUCUCUCUCUAUAACCAUAUACUUCAUUACUGUGCAGUAAGAAAAUUAGCUAAAAUGCAUAACAGUUAUUUAGUCAUUCAAGUAACUUUCCAAAAAGCGGUUUAAUUCUAUCAUCAUUUUCAGCUGCUUAUUAAAAAAGACUUAAGAAAUUCCAUACUGUCUAAGAAAACCAUAAAAAAAAAAAAAAGGAAAUAUUUUAAAUCUAACUGCAGUAUGCUUCUCCUUGUAACACACUGCACUCUGCUGUUAGAAGCUUAAAAAUCUUCCAUUUAAUCUCCCAUGAACCAAGAAGGAAUAUGAAAAGUCUAUAAGGCACAGGACUGGUGACAAGGCAUUAGCACUACUCCAUGAAUGCAGAUUUUUGGUGGAAAAAGCCAGGCACGUGUGAAGAUCGUUCUUCAGAAAAAAAAAAAUGUUUGCUCGACUCUAGUCCUAGAUCCAAAAGACUGACAGUUCCUUUUCCAAAAUUGCUUGGCUCUACUUAAAUUUUCCUCAAGGCAUAACUAUUUUUGAAUGUCAGUAUAUAAAGCCAUACUGGGAUCCACUGUGAGAGGUGUCAGCUGCAAUUGAAUAGAGCUAAUAUGGAGUUUCCCUCAGCUGAUAGGCCUCAAGACCCAGUCUCCAUUGUCUUCACUAGACAUUCAAUAUCUGCUAAAAAUACUUUCUUAUAAGGAGAAGCAAGAGAUAUUUCACUCUGGUCCAUUUAACCUUUUAGCUUCUCUUCCCUCAAAACCCAUUUGCCAGCCACUGUUAAUGACCUUACCAUUUCCAUACCGUUAUGUCUUUGACUCGCACUUUAUUGCAUUUCUCAUAAAUAUGUGCUUAUCUACAGCAGGUUACAUGCACCUUAGAGUCAAUAUGCGAUUCCUUUUGUCAUGUGACAUAUUCAUUUGGCAGUAUUAUGUCACAAAUUUGUAAUAUUGUCACUGCAAGCUAGGCGGUCCUCACUUGUAAUAGUAUAAUAAGCUCUCAGUUUCCAGGCAAUUGGCUUUGAGAGGAUUAUAUCUGCUGCUUGCUGAGCUUUGGAGCCCAAGAGCUAUUACUAAAGAUCACCUAGAGCAGAGUUACCAGCAUUUUUCUACUUUCUUGCUCCAAACUUUUUGCACUUAUAGCAAGUCACUGUGGACAGUGCAGAUUAUGCAUCACUUAGCACUAUUUUUAAUCUUGCAUGUCUUAAGGUCACACACUCUCUUUAGACUCUGAUAGUAAGAGCAUGGA